AUGACUUCACUCGAGCCUCAUGCAACCCUUGCGGCCAAUUCGGCAACAGAAGCAGCAGCAGCACACAACAACCAUCUUUCUGAGGUUCCCUCUUCUUCUUCUUCUUUUGGUCAGCAAGGUGCAGCCACAACAACAACGGGAAGUCUUGAUCAAACCACCACAGUACCUCAUGCAGAGGGAGUAAGUUCUUCAAUACAGAGUGUAAGCCAUUUGGAUCAACACAAUGUGGGUGGAGAUCAAAUGCUGAUUGAUGAACCAAUAGUGUUGUCUGAGAAACAACUCGUGAAGAGGUUGAGACAGUAUGAAAUUAAUGCUUAUAGUAGUGUUGUGAGCGCUUUUCGUGCUCAAGGUGAAAUGAAUUGGGAAAAACUUAAGGUCCUUACACAACUUCAGCAAAUGUUACACAUUUCUACUAAUCGCCAUUCAAUGGAAUUACUUCGUUGUGAGGCUGAUGUUAAAAUUCAACAAGUUGCUCAAUCAGGUGUAUAUAGCAUAAUUGAUCGAGAGGCUGAGGAUAGAAACAAUCGAUUCGAUUUUACUCUCACAGCAAGUGAUACUGAGAGCGAGCAUGACAACGAUGUUCAUUAUCGUGUGAAGCGUUCAACUCCAUCAUCUACACAACCUACCACACAACCAACGCCAACAACAAGAAGAGCUAGCUCUGGAAGAGGAAGAGGUCGAGGCCGUGGAAGAAAGAGAUCUUCUGCUACCAUGACAUCGGAGACACUCUCUCAUUCACCAUCAAAAGCAUCCACAUUAUAUAAUUUGGAUCCAAGUUCUACCAAUGCUGCAAAUAUUUCUUCACUUCCUCCUCAACCUAAUACUCCAACAAAGGCUACAAGUGUUGUUACUUCAACAACUCCUAAUGGAACACCCGCUAAAAAGAAACGAGGUAGAAAGCCAAAAAAUCAACAACUACAACAACCUCCUGUAGAGACUCCUAAACAACCACAAGCACCUUCUGAAGCAACCCCUAAACUUUCUGAAGAAAUUGCCAAAAUACUUGCUGAAACAACUUUCCUUUCUGACGACGAUAUCAGAAACAUCAAUGAUGAAGAACAAGUCGAGACAGUUGCAGAAAGAGAGUCAAAUCAAAUUGAAGAAUUAAAUAAGAAACUUUCUGAAGGAUUAAGCCCACUAGAUACCGAAGCAAUGAUGGAGGCCAUCAAGAAGAAGAAAGCCAUACUACAGAAACUUAUUCAAAAACUAGAAAGCUUUGGAGAAUAA